CUCACUCUCUCUCAUAUAUAAAUAUAAAUCUCAAAUAUUAACAACAUCACCGCCCUAUUCCACCAUUAACAUUGAAACCUCUUUCAUUUCCAUCACUACACAUCCAACAAUAACACUGAACGAGGUAACCCAUCAGUCACUCUCCAUCUUUUCUUUGCUUUAUUUUUUUCCCAUCAAUUUCUAUUCACACCCCCUUUUUAAAUGGACACAUCUUCCACACCCCUUCCUCCUCCAUCUCAUCAUCAUGAAUUUCACACUGUUCAAGAAACCAAACCCACCGCCGUUGUUACCACCACUCCAAGUGAAACAUCUAACAACAGCAGUAGCAGUAACAACAGCAAUUCUAAUAAACAACAACAACAACAUCGUAAAUGCAAAGGUAAAGGUGGACCUGAUAACAACAAAUUUCGUUACCGUGGUGUAAGACAAAGAAGUUGGGGUAAAUGGGUUGCUGAAAUUCGUGAACCACGUAAAAGAACACGUAAAUGGCUUGGUACUUUCUCUACUGCUGAAGAUGCUGCUCGUGCUUAUGAUCGUGCUGCUCUUAUUCUCUACGGUUCUAGAGCUCAACUCAAUCUUCAACCUUCUUCUUCUUCUUCCCAUUCUUCUUCUCAUAACUCUUCUUCUUCUUCUUCCUCUUCUUCUCGUAACUCUUCUUCUUCCUCCAACACUCUUCGUCCUUUACUUCCUCGUCCUUCUUCUUUUUCUUUCUCCAACUCUUCUCAUCUUCCUCUUCUCUUCAACUCUUCUUCUAACGCUUUUCUUCCUUACGCUGCGUACAGUUUUAAUACUUUCCACCAACCCUUUAUUCAAAAUAGUAACACUAAUUUACUUCAACAUAGUGACAAACUGGUGCAACUGCAACAACAUCGGGAUCAAGAUCAGGAUCAAGAUAAAGAAUCUGAACAUGCAUGUGGUUCUAUUAGAACAACAACCUCGUACCAGAAUAGGAGUGUUGAACAGGAACAACAACAUGCAGGAUACUAUGAUGUUUGUAAUAAUCAGGAAGAGGUGAUUCAGAAUCAGAAUUGCAAAGUGGAGGGGGGAAAUGUUUCUUCUAAUCAAAGUAAUAUUGAUGGAACAGUGGAUCUGGAUCAAAUGGGUGGUGGUAAUAUUGGUUCUCCUUCUAUGUGGCCAUUGACAAGUGAAGAAGAUUAUACAACUACUUUGUGGGAUUAUAAUGAUCCUUUCUUCUUUGAUUUUUGAGUUUUUUUUUUUUUUUAAUAUUGUUGUUUUAUUUUAUUAAAUAUAUAUUUGUUUUUUAUUUGAAUUGUUUUCAUUGGAAUGAAAUUAGUAUACUCAAUAAAAAAUUUAGAUCCAAAAUUGACAUCAA